AUGUCUGCCGCCACUAUACAAUCUAAUCCGUCGGUCCCUCCUCGCCCUACUAGGAGUCAGGAGAAGGACAAUGGCUCGUCCGUACCUGCUAUUCCCCCGCGUCCCGUCCGCCGCCUGAAUCGUUCUCUCUCUCCCAAUCCGGCUCGAUUUGCUCCUUCACCCUUAAAUGAGAGUCCUUUCGGCCCAAAAAGCCCCGGUGCUGCUCGACACAGCCAAACCCAUCUUGGUGAGGAGUUGGAGCGUCCUACUAGUGUUGAUAUGCCCAAUGUGGGCGAGGAAGGUCGGGAAUAUGCUGUGGCUAUAGGGGGGUUAGGCACAUCCCCAGAUGAUGAUGAAAGUCGUCGAUCGUCUACUUCCCCUGAACAGACUCGUACUGUUGGCGAGGAUAUUAAACUUUAUGCGCCAAAGCCGACAAUGCCCGCCCAAAGCGCCAAGCAACGGGUUGCCCAAGUCACCCGCACCGACUCUGAGAGAGCUGCUGCUUUCGGAAUUGGGCGCUCCUCUUUCGAAGACCAGGCUUACCCUGGCCGAAGUCUGAAGAAGAAAGGAAGCACCACAAGCCAGCUUUCUCACCAGAGUGAACCCUACGCCGAGGAUGAACAUGGCAUACCUGAGAUUGGACAACGCGUUCCCAUGCUACUCAAUGCCGGUGAUGUUCAGGCACCUUCGCCCGCUCCGGCCCCUAGAGCUGUGAGUGUUGACGGAACCAAGCCCGCCCGAAAUCACACGAGAAAGACAAGCUCUCGAGGCGGGUUUGGCGAUCUCCCAUCGGAUGUUUAUGGUCUUCACGGCCACGGCGUUGCGAACACCGACAAGCUUGAGAAGGCGUACUACGAAAAGCAUCCCGAUGCUUUGCAGAAGGAGCGGUAUAACCAUCUUCACGAUCGUGCCAACGAUUAUUCGAUGAGUAGCGAGAAUCUCAACAAGAUCGUUCGGGACACGGCCAGCCGUGGUGCUGGUACUUCCGCAGAACACGUUGGAACUCCCAGUGAGCAAGUCGGCUACCGAGCCGCCGACGAAUAUACUUCGCGUAUCUCGAGACCGCCAUCCACUGCCCCUAACCACGACGCGAAUCUUACGUCGCCCUUGAAGUCGAGCUUCACAGCCGCCGAGGCGACUACCGGUCAAGCCGGGACUGCUAACAAUGACGAGGUAAUCCACGUAGAUGAGCCACGACGUAAGGGAUAUGCCAAAUUUGGCGACGAGCAAUCUGCCGAGGGCGAAGGUGUUGAUGACGAAUCCGAGUACCCAAUCCUCGCAUCCGACGAAGUAGCUAAAGAUCCCUCCCCUUACCAGCAGCAACCUGCAGUAGAGCCUCCUUCCGAGCGACAAGGGGAAUCUAAAAGCCGUCCCACAAGUAGACCUGCAAGUAUAUAUAGCCCCCCACCCACUGAGCUGCAUUCUACUCCGUUGGACGACGUCGAAGAGUAUGAGCCCUUAUUUCCGGAAGACGAGAAGAGCGGUAAGAAGCCUAUGACCCAGGCCGAGAAGCUGAAGGAGCGCCGCCAGAGAUUCCCUAGUCAGGACAUCUGGGAGGAUGCUCCUAACAGCGUGCAUUCUACCGCGGAAGUCUCGACACCAGAGUUAUUAGAAGCUCGCCAGAAGGAACAAGCUAUUUUAGACGUACCAACACGAGAGGGUGAAACCCCCGCUCAGGCCUUUGCGCGGAAACAAGAGGAACUGGCCGAAAAAGAGGCUGUUACUCCUGACAGCUUCCUAUACCGACAACAAAAGCCCCCGUCGUGGGUUGGAAAUCAAUCGCAUUUGGCUAAGGAGAACAACGUCCGACCCAGCUCAACUCAGAGAUUUCCGAGCCGAGACGUUUGGGAGGAUACACCUGAUUCUCUACAAUUUACUGCUACUGUUUCAACCCCGGAAACUCCUGAUGAGCCGCAAGCAGAUGAGGAGCCAAAGCCAGCCGCCGAACACGCGCCCCCAAAACCCGCAGUACCUUCACGUCCCAAGAAGCAAGGAUCAGGUGACGAUUCGAAACCCAGUAUCCCCGAUCGUCCGAAGCCUCAAAUUCCCAUUCGCCCUUCCAAGCCAGUCGUGGAAUCCAAGGGACCCGAGCCCGUGGUAAAGACGAAGCCAGCGGUACCUGCAAGGCCCGCCGGAGGGAAGAUUGCUGCGUUGCAAGCAGGUUUCAUGUCGGAUCUAAACAAACGUCUACGACUAGGCCCCCAGGCCCCUAAAAAGGAAGAUCCUCCCGCCGAAAAUCCCGUCGAGGAAAAAGAGAAGACUCCAUUAUCUGACGCAAGGAAAGGCCGUGCCCGUGGUCCUCAGCGACGAGCUCCUACUAAGGCGGCGGGCCCGAGCGGAACAGAAUCGGGACAUCCACCUGUGGCUAAUGGGAAACCUACUCUCAGUUUCUCUAUGACUCGUACGCUAUGGAGUAUAGAUGAGGAGGGUACUAUGACGGUGGACGGCUUAGGGCCAGCGGCAUCGUCAGAAGUAGAGACGAAACCGGGCGAGACGGCGAGCGAAGAGCCAAUCGAGGCGGACAAGGCCCAAUUACCCGUGUCGCCAGAAGACAACUCGGAGUCUAAACCAGAAAGUAAACUUGAAGGAACACCACCGGUCAAACCAGAAGACGAUCUAGCCGAUUCUAAACCGACAGAAACGGAGAGCGAACCUCAACCGAUAGAAGAGACCAAAACACUUGCUACCAACACAGCUGGCGAGUCUAUAUUAGAAGAGACCAUCGAGAAGAAGCCUUCAGGAGACCAAGUCCAAAAGGUUGAAGAGGUUAAGGAUGAGGUGGCAGAAUGA